AGACUUCCCCCUCAGAAUUAUGGCGACUGUAUGAGAGAAUCCUCAACCAUUAUUUCUAUGAAAUGAGCUCAAUUUCGGUUUGUAGUGGGUCACAGGGUUAAAUCCUGGCAAAACUGGAGAAACAGUUCUGGAUUAUUGCUGCCUCGUUUGAUAAUCAUUCGGCAAUAACUCCAAUGCUCUUAAACUUUUGAGGGUUUUUUUUAUUUAAUAAGAGAGCAGAUUUUUCUUGUCGGCUCUCUGCCGUGGCUGGACCCAUUUCAAUUGAGGGCGCAGGAAGCCGCUAGUUUGAGAUCCUGUGCAAUCUUACCGGAGCACAACAGAGGAGCAUCCUCAACGUGGGAGGAAGCGAGUGGUGACGAUACAGGAGAUGGUGCAUGCAUGAUAAAUGGCUCAUUUAAAUACGGAGCUGCUCGGGUUCUGUCCGGCUGGCAGCAGUGCCUAGCGCGCGAGCUCCAGGACCAGGCCAAUAUGAAUGGCACCAGUGAACAGGUGGACAUCUUGCCUCCCAACUGCAUGGUGAAGGACCGAUGGAAAGUGCUGAAGAAGAUAGGCGGAGGGGGGUUUGGGGAGAUCUACGAGGCGCUGGACCUGCUGACCAGAGAGAAUGUGGCCCUGAAGGUGGAGUCGGCCCAGCAGCCCAAGCAAGUCUUGAAGAUGGAGGUGGCGGUUUUAAAGAAGCUUCAAGGAAAAAAUCAUGUCUGUAAAUUCAUUGGCUGUGGAAGAAAUGAUAAGUUCAACUAUGUUGUUAUGCAACUUCAGGGACGGAAUCUGGCCGACCUCCGGAGAAGCCAACCUCGUGGCACUUUCACCAUGAGCACAACCCUCCGCUUAGGAAAACAGAUUCUUGAGUCUAUAGAAGCCAUUCACUCCGUGGGCUUCCUACAUCGUGAUAUCAAGCCUUCAAAUUUUGCCAUGGGGAGAUUGCCUUCAACGGUCAGAAAAUGUUAUAUGCUGGACUUUGGGCUUGCACGGCAGUACACAAACACAAACGGAGAGGUUCGACCACCAAGGACAGUUGCAGGGUUCAGAGGAACUGUACGAUAUGCUUCAGUCAAUGCACAUAAAAACAAAGAAAUGGGUCGCCACGAUGAUCUAUGGUCUUUAUUUUACAUGUUGGUGGAGUUCGCUGUUGGGCAGUUACCAUGGAGAAAAAUCAAGGACAAGGAACAAGUUGGACAGAUAAAGGAUCGCUAUGACCACCGGAUGCUGCUGAAACACAUGCCUUCUGAGUUCACGGUCUUCUUGGAGCACGUCUUAGGUCUUGACUACUCCACUAAGCCAGACUAUCAGCUCCUGAUGUCAGUGUUUGACAACAGCAUGAAAGACAGGAUUGUCACAGAGAAUGAGCCGUAUGACUGGGAGAAAGGGGGCAAUGAGACCCUCCAGUCCACAAACAGCACGUCCACAGCACCACAGCACAACACGCGGCAGACUGCCGCCAUGAUCGGGGUGGUGAACAUGACCCCGGGUCCUAGUGAGAUGCGUGAAAACACAGACGAUGUUCUGCAGGACGAGCACCUGAGUGACCAGGAGAACGCCCCUCCAGUCAUGCCAACCGCACGGCAGACAGCCACAGAAUGUGACUGGGAGGACACAGACUUCAACCGCAAUAAACUCAGGAUCAACCUCGGCAAGGGUGGGCCGGAGGAGGACGGGACUCGUGGGGGAUGUCCUGAGUCCCCCAGUGGUCAGGUGCGCUCACUGCGGUACCGCCGGAUCAACAGCCCAGAGUCGGACCGCCUCUCGGCUGCAGAAGGGAGAGACGGCUACGGACGGGGGUCACGCAUGGACAUCCUCGGGUCGCCUUCACGACACGUCUACUCCUCCCAGCCGGCACAGAUGCUCUCGCUGGACGGUAUCCGUGGCAAUCCACUGGCCAGCGGCCGGCAGGAGGCGUCUGCAUCAGUGGACCAGGAGGCGCACAGUAACGCCUUCAUUGGCUCCGUGCCGCUGGCCGAGGAGGAGGACUUUGACAGCAAGGAGUGGGUGAUCAUUGACAAAGAGACAGAGCUGAGGGACUUCCAGCCCACCACGUCUGGCACCACAGAUGACGACCCCGAGGAGCUCCGGCCCCUGGAGGAGCAGGAGGAGCGCAGAAGGCUGAGGGGGGGAGCACUGGGAGCGGGCGAUCAGACGGUGCGACCCAAGACCAACUGGUCAGGAGGAGCAGGAGGGGGGGCGCGGGCCAUGCUGCCGGUGACUGAGGAGGAGGUGUCGAGGCGCUGCAGUGGGCUACGGGCGGGUCCCUCCACCUCGGAGAGCCUGGCGCAAUCCCCAUGCCACUCAUUGCCACGCCACAGGGAGUCGGAUUCAACAGGACCUCACAGACCGGUUUCAUCAUCGAAAGCGACGCAGUCACAUGACCCCCCUCUGCUGUCUCCGACGGACUACCGCACCCAGGCUCAGUCUUCAGAGAAAGAGCUCUUCUACAUCCGGCCCCAGCUGCAGGCCAAGAGGGCCGACUUCCUCACCGUCAUGCUGACUGGCUCUCUGCACCACCGCCGCACGUAUGCUGCCACUCCUCCAGACACCCAGUACAGCGGGCCCCAAGAGGACGACGUCACCAAGAGUGAGUCCGACAGCAGAGGCAGUGACAGGAGCACUGAGCAGAGCCAAGAUGGCGCCCCCUUCACCCUGAUGGCUGAUGACCCCCAGCUGGACCCCAGGGACUCAUCAUCGGUGGCUGAGGGUUUUGUUGACCCUGACCCUGACCUAGAAGACAUCUCUAAAACUCUCGUCCUUUUCUCUCCUGGAGACUUAAGGAUGGACACAAUGAUGGAGGCAGAUCAUGGGAUGUUUGAGAUGGUUCCUCUGAUGACGGAGAGUGCUCACACAGCAGCAGAGAGAGGUCACACGGGUGUGUUAGAGAUCGGAGCGUCACACUGCACCACCACCUUGAACACCUCCAAACAUGUGGUCAGUACGUCCAGUGGUCCACACUCUCUCACAUCCAUCGUUCAUGCUUCAGAUACAUCGCCAACUGUCACCAAAGUGGAGCGCACUUUUGUCCAUAUUGCAGAAACCACCCACAUGAACGUCAUGUCCUCUAGUCCUCCCCAGGCAAAGGAGAGGGAGCAGGAGGAGAGUAAGAGUGGGAGGGAACAUGAGUAUGACCUUUCUGCUGAAGGUCAAAUGGCUCCAGAGAAUCCUCCCCCUCUCACAGCAGCCAGUGACUCUUUGAAAAACCAGACUGUUCUUCAACCAGAUGAUCCUCCACUUCUAAUCUCAGUUCAUUUGGAAGGAUCGGGAUCUCUGGAGAUGGUGGACUUGCAGAAUCUCAAAGAAGAUGCGCUCAAUGAACAGCUGGUGCACAGGGUAGUAUCAACAUGUCCCGCUAGGAGCACGAGUCGGAUCCCCAUCUUGAUCUCACAGAGCAACGCUGAGGGCCCAGCCUCAUCCAGAGAAGUGCCACUCAGAAAGGGGAAGCAAACGGACCAGGACAAGCCCAGCCAAGCUCACCUUAAUGUGCAGAAGAGGAAGGACCCGUGUAGGAGGCUGGCCUCCAGGACUAAAUCCUCCUCCUGUGUGGUGUCUUCUGUGGAUGAGCCCAGGGGGGCGUCUCUGACCCCGUCCACCACCAGGGGCUCAGAGGAACAUCCACACCCCUUAGAGGAGAAGGGACAGAGGGCAGGGCGGAGUAGGAUCCCUCAGCCAGCAACUCUUCUUAAAAAAGAUGUGCUUCCGAAGGUGGCCACUAGUCCUUUGCCUGUGACUCUGGCAAACUCCAGGAGAGCACCAGCAAGCAGCCACCCUCCAGUGAAAAAAUUGUCAACCCCCUGCCCCCCUGACCAGGUGAAGAUCAAAUCCGCCCAAACCCCCUCCACUCCUCACCCCUCCAGACCUGGUGGGAGCGUCCACACGCGUCUCCACGGUAACCUGACCCGCUCAAACACCUCCGUCAGCACUGGCACCACCCCCAGGACAGUGAGUCCCUCACCAUAUAGGCCACGCCCUCAUCCUCCAGCCGCAGAGGUGCAGAGACAUCGACCCCCACAUGGAGCCAGCACAACCGCGCCCCUCCGGCAGAGAACUGCUCCUGCCAGUCGGUCUAAGGACCAGGCCACAGCACAACCAUCAGCGCCUAUGCCUUCUGGGAAACCACCCAAAGCCACAGCUGCUGCGAGAGGCAGAAAAGCAGACGGUGCAAUAUCUGAUAGAUGAUACACACGUGGGGUCUCAUCUGAUGGACUGAGGGGGUGUGUUAUAUAAGUUAAUAAACAGAUGUUGCCUGAAAUAUAAAGAUGAAAGAACAGGCAUACCCCAUUGGACAAAACAAUCACUUAGUUUUGUUUCAUGACGUGUUGCUAUGUUACCAAACAGUAUUUUCUAGUUUUAUUUUCCUUAACAAGAGCUUCCAGAAUUCUAUUGCCACAGGUUAUGUGUUAUAUUCUGCCAAUAUGGUGCUAUCUGUAAACGUACCCCUUCUAAUAUUCCUGAUUAUCCCUAGAUUAUCAUUCAUGAUCAGAUUCAGAUCGCUUUUUUUUAUUUCCUCAAUUUCUUCAAGUCUAAACAUGGUCAUAAAAUAUUUGGCAAAUUCUGUGUUAUAAUGCCAAACUUGCACCUUUGAAACACUAACCUUUUUUUUACCAAAAGAUGGAGAAAGCCCUAUCAAACCCUCAAGGCCUUCUCCAAUUUAUACAAUCACUCUUCUUAUGGUGGAUAGGUCCACAAGACACAUUCAGUGAGCACAAAUAUAUGUAUAUAUGUUCAGUAUUAUUUUACACAUCCACAUCACACACAAUAAUCCCUUUUUGGAAAUCACUAUUUGACAUGCCUGCCUUCCUCGUGUUCCUGAUUCAGUGGUGAUGAAGUGAUGUGUAUGGGUCAUGGUUCACUUGAGUACUGUAUAAAGGCCAUUGCAAUCA